AUGAGGAAAGGAUUCAGAUUGUUUUGGGAGGAAUUUAUUUUCAGGAGAAUCGGCCAUAAAGACUCCAUUAGUGAGGAAGAGUUUGUCACGUCCCUCACCAAAGAGUAUCAAACUGAUUCCGAUGCUCUAGGCAAGUUAGCGCGGCAAAUGUUUGGCGAAAUUGCUCGGUGUGCCGACGUGGACCAUGAUGGCUUCUUAACAUAUGAAGAAUUCGCCGUUCUGUUCAAAGCAUUUGGACAUAAAGAUGAACGUAUGAUUAGGGAAAUGUACGAAAACUACAAGCCGAAAGAAAAGGGAAUUGGUGUGAUGGAGUUCACGGAAUCUUGGGUUGACACGGCAGUGGGACUUGACCGGGACAAGGUUAACAUACCUUAUGACGGGUUCUUGUCUCAACUCCGAGAUAUGGUUAGCAUCUGA